AUGGCGGACAUCCUCGCUUCGGCCGGGGCGCAGGAGGACUCUUCCGCGCCGCCCGAGACCCUCCUCGGCCUACCAGCCAGCCUGGUUGCGCGGAUGCAAUCCGACACGCUCGCCUGGCAGGCCGUGGGCGGUAUCCUCAUCGGUGCCGGCGCGUCGCUGCUGCCCGCGCCGUGCUCGCUGCUGCCGUACCCGUGGCCGAGCGAGCUCUUCGAGCAGUCGCGCGCCCUUGCGGUCCCCUUCAACGCGCUCGUCGAUCGCGUAGCGCGCGAUGUCGACUGGCUGCACGCGGCCACGCGCUCGGUCGUGAAGCAGGACGCGUUCACUGGCCGGCUGCUCCAGCUCUCCGAGUCGGUGCACGCCGAGGGCCCGACGCAGCCGCUGCAGCUCGGCAUCUACCGCUCCGACUACAUGGUCCACCAGCCGCCGGGCGGCGCGCCGCCGCUGCUCCGGCAGGUCGAGCUAAACACGAUCUCGUCCUCGUUCGGCUCCCUGUCGGGCAAGCUCUCAGCGAUGCACGCGGAGCUGCUCCCGCGCUGGGUCGCGCCGCCCGUGACGGGCGAGACCGCCUCUAGAUGCCGGAGGCAGAUCACAUCUCCCCAUAUCUCACCGCAUCUCACCGCCUCUGGAUGCCCGAGGAAGAUCAUAUCUCGCCAUAUCUCCACACAUCUCGAGACCGCCUCUAGAUGCCAGAGGCAGAUGUCGGAGACAAGCGACACCGCGUCGCUGCAAGACAUGCACGCCUCGCUCGCCGCCGGCUUGAUUGACGGCCGGCUCACCUCCGGACCGCCAGAGGGGCCCUUCUCGGACCCUUCUCGGAGCCCUCCUGCAGGCUCCGGCGGCAGGCUCCCUCCGAACCCGUGCGAGGCAGAGAUCGCGGCGGCCCUUGCGGAGGCGCGGCUGGGCACGCGCCGUGCUCAUGCGGUGGUUCUCAUGGUGGUUCAGCCCGCCGAGAGGAACGUCACCGACCAGCGCGGCAUCGAGGCCUGCCUCUGGCGCUCGCACGGCGUGCCGCUCGUCCGGAUGACGAUGGCAGAG